AUGGAUUCAGAGCGAGACCCAUCGAUAUCUUCUCUCAUCACGCUGUGCAUUCGUGAAUUCCACACCCUGCUAGACUCUGUUCCAGAUGAACAAGAUGAGACCCGCCUGAAAGGGCUGGAUGAUCUAGGAAGGCUACGCGUGUGGAUUGGCAAUUUCGGUGCACAUCGCAAGCAGACAGACAGGCUUUCCUUGGACUACCGACUUCGAGAGACGCCAGACUUGCACCGUGAGGUUCGAAACCAUAUCGAUGACAUUACCGAAGCCAUUCAAGGAGCGGUCUCUCUUUUAUCGGUGAGAGAAAAGUCCACGCAAAUUGAAGAGACCUCUCCUGCCUCCGAAUCGGACGACUCGGGUUCAGAUGAUUCAGACUCGGACGAAUUUUGGAACCAGGUCAAGGCAGAGAACGACGGCCAUUCGAAGCUGGACGAAUAUAUGCACGACAUUCAGUAUACCAUCACCAGUCUUUACAAAUUUUCCCUGACUCUUCAGAACCCAGCGCACCGCGACCGAACAGCGCAGGCCUCACGCAUUGACCUCAGUCAUUUCGAAUUCUACGACAUUGGGCAUGUGUCAGAGAAAUUCGGUCUCCCACGAGAUAGCAUACUUGCUCAGCGCCUUGGCAAAGCAAACACCAAACGCCGCCAACUCCUGGCGUAUCAUAAGGAUCAUACUGAGAAAAUAUCCAGGUAUGUCGAUGUGGCUGAGAGAAAGGCCAUCGAGACACCAGUAGAUCCGGCCAACCUUGGUCAGACCAGCAAAGGAGCCCCAAGCAUCUCGACGAAAUGGACACAGGAUACCACCGUGUCCACAAUCAACUGCCAGGACUUUGAUGUUGCGUCCGAGUCGGGACGAACCAAGUUUUCUGCAUCAACUUCGACCGCUGGCGACCAGGCGCACGCCUUGAUGCCGCCGCCGCCACCACCGCCAGACGUGCUCGAGAAUAUGGACGAAGACUGGAAAUACCAUGUAUACAGUGACCUGCGGCCCUAUAUUUGCACAUUCGGAAACUGCGUAAAAGCCAAUCAGCUAUACGACAGCUACACAGAGUGGACCUCCUUCUGGAAACAUCUCGAGAAGACCCAUCCCGAAGCAUUUACUGAAGACCAACGACAGGCGGUGGUAGAACUGGCCGAACAAUCCACUUCUUCUGCGCAGCAAUGUCCCUUGUGCACAAAGGCUCCCAUUUCAAAUCUGAGUCGCUUCCAGCAGCAUCUAGCCCGGCAUCUUCAGCAGUUGUCUCUUUUUGUACUGCCCCGGCCCGGGCCUGAAGAAAAUGAACAUGCAGCCCGUGAUAGAGAGUCAAACGAAUCACAACAAGCAUUGAUAAUUGAUGAUGAGGCGAGAGGGCCGUUGAAGUCUACAUCAACAACUCAGAAUCCAUGGCGUAUCGAGGAAGGCCGAACUUUGAGUGAAGGUCCAAGCUCAGACGGCCGGCUUGAAAUCAUUGAGACGAACCGUCUAGGUUCCCGGACCACGGCAUGGCGUAUCGAGGAAGGCCGAACUUUGAGUGAAGGCUCGAGCUCAGAUGACCGGCUUGAAACCAAUGAGACGAACCAUCUAGGUUUCCAGGAACAAGUGGCCACGGCACGCCAAGAACUGGAGGCAAACGAUAGCACUCUGGGGCCUGAAAACUCGACAACUUUGGAAAGCAUGGCCGACAUAGCGUUGACCUACCCGGAUCAGGGCCGGAUUGAAGAGGCCGAGAUACUCCAGUUGCAAGUAAUAGAAAGACGCAAGACGAUAUAUGGCGUGGAGCAUCCUGAGACGCUAAUAAGCAUGGAGGAUCUAGCGUUAACCUACCGGAGCCAGGGCCGGUGGGAAGAGGCUGAGAGGCUCCAGUUGCAGGUGGGCCGGUGGAAAGAGGCCAAGAGGCUCCAGUUACAGGUGGUAGAAACUCGCAAGGAGAAGCUUGGCGAGGAUCAUCCUACGACGCUAAGGAGCAUGGCUAGCCUAGCAUUGGCCUACCGGAGACAGGGCCGGUUAGAAGAGGCCGAGAUACUCCAGUUGCAAGUAAUAGAAAGACGCAAGACGAUAUAUGGCGUGGAGCAUCCUGGGACGCUAAUAAGUAUGGGGGAUCUAGCGUUAACCUACCGGAGCCAGGGCCGGUGGGAAGAGGCUGAGAGGCUCCAGUUACAGGUAGUAGAAACUCGCAAGGAGAAGCUUGGCGAGGAUCAUCCUGCGACGCUAAUAAGCAUGGAGGAUCUAGCGUUAACCUACCGGAGCCAGGGCCGGUGGGAAGAGGCUGAGAGGCUCCAGUUGCAGGUGGUAGAAACUCGCAAGGAGAAGCUUGGCGAGGAUCAUCUUGCGACGCUGGAAAGCACGGAUAACCUAGCGUCGAUCUACCGGGGCCAGGGCCGGUGGAAAGAGGCCAAGAGGCUCCAGUUACAGGUGGUAGAAACUCGCAAGACGAAGUUUGGCGAGGAUUAUCUGUCAACGCAGUGA